AUGUCGGAUGAAGUGAAUCGGAUGGACUUGAAAAAUUUCUACGCAUGGAUCGGGCUCAGAAAGAAAGGUUCUAAUUGGUACUGGGACAAUGGCCAUGAUGUGCUUCAGGAUAUUCAGGACAAUUUUGACCCACCAAAUGACGGCCAACCGUGCGGGCAGGCCUUCUAUGAAACACCAACGUGUGGCUGGGUCUGCGCUUCAUUGGAGGGUCCUGGUUCUGGUCUGAUGGGGCAGUUCUCACCCUGCCAGAUCUUCCGUCUUGUCCUGAGCCCAACCGUCACUGUGGAGCCCUGCAGCUGA